UUUGUCUCUUCAGUUAUUUUUCAGUUUGCUGCUGACAGAGAACAAAUCGCAGAGAGUCCCGGCAAACGACCGUCAGGAUGUUCUGACUCUGCAGAGUUUCCAAACUUCUAGCUUCGUUCAGCGCCUUCCUCCCUCAGAGCCUCCGCCCCCCCCUGUGGCCAUGGACAGCGUCCCCCGGCGGUGGGUGCUGAAGCCUCUGUCCCCCCUGCUGCAGGCCUCAGACCUGCGCAGCCUCGGCGGACCCCCCCGCAGCCACUCCCCCGACCCUUACGACCCUGUCUUCACCUCCAACAGUAUCUCCGUCGCUCGCCGCCACUCCUCCGUGGUCGUCACCUCGCAGGGCGCCGAACGGUCCGUGGACGUGGUAGUGCAGACCCGGCAGGUCGCCGUGUCGCAGGAUGGAGGCAGCAGCGAUGGCGAGGAGGAAGAGGGGGGGUGGCAUCCCAGCAGCCGCAGCAGCCCCAGCAGCCCCAGCAGCCCCGGCAGCAGCUUGGGUUCCCACUGCGGUUUCUACUCCUUUGUGGAGGAUCCGGCGAGUCCCGAGGCCGAGCUGAACGAAGCCUGGAUGAUCUCGCCGCAGCGGCAGACGCAGUUGGCGACCUUGAAGGAGGAGAGAGGAUUCAAGCUGCAGACCUACGCCAGCGGCAGGAAGCCGGAGAUUCUGUUUGCAGAGAGCAACGGAGACUCGCAGUACCACAUGGAUCUAAAGAACGGCGUCCAGGCAGUCCGGGAGGAAGAAGAGAAGCAGCUUCGGGAGGAGAUCAUCCGCAGCCAGGCGCCGAAGAAGACCUUCACAGAUCCUCUGGAGGACGUGAGCAGACAGACGGCCGGUUUCAGCGUCAGCUUCAGGCCCGUUGGCCCGGUCAGGCCUAUUGAGCCCGGGAACAUCAACCACGAGCAGAUUAACUUCCGCGCCGCCCGACAGCAGUUCCUGCAGAUGGAGCAGGACCGGCUGACCGCGCUGCCCCCCCCGCUCAUAUCCUGGAGAUCACACCUAAACAUGCCUCCGCAGCCGGAUCCUGACGAAUGCUCGUCACAGGACAGCGAAGAUACAGCAACAUUUAAAGCAAGAGAAGAAGAGGAGACCUACCCGGAGAGGAAGGUGACGGUGAGCAGUGUGUUCGAUGACCUGGACUUCGGCCUGGAGGAGCUGUCUGUGGGCGGAGCCUACGGCAGCGACGAAGGCGUGUUUAACAACAACAGGAGCGAGUACGAGACUCCGAUUGAGCGGGAGAUCCGGUUGGUUCAGGAGCGUGAGGAGAACCUGAGACGCUCUCGAGGGCUGAAGCUCAGCUGCAGCAGAGCAGAGAUAGUUGAGAUCAAAACCAAACGUUUACAGUCGGCGACGCCCGUCAAAGCCAGAGAGAAGAACCGAGUAAGCUUCUUGAUCCAGAGAGAGAUCCAGAAGGACAACCAGAGGACAGAAGAACCACCGCCCUCUGAGUCCGGAGACUCUGAAGACUUCCUGUCGCCAUGUUGUCCUCAUCGACACACCGAGGAAACCGAGUUGUACAUCAGCCGAAGGAGUUUAGCUCCUUCUUCCUUCACUGCCACGGCUUUCUACCAAGACCGAACUUCCUCUUCCUCCUCCUCUUCACCUUCCUCCCCAACUCCAACACCUCGCUGUGAUUUGACGUUGAGCACGACUCAGUCCUGGAGGGAGAACCUGCAGUCCACCGGCCUGCAGCCCAGAGGACAAGGAGCUCCAGACUUCAUCGAGAAGGAGAUCGAAGAGACGCUGAGGCGGGAGCAGGAGCUGAGAGAGCUGAGGGAGUCCAGGGAGGAGAAGGAUGGACGGCUCUACUCUCCGGCUCCUCUGGUGGAACAGGCCUCUAAGAUGGCUGUCAGUCAGUUCUACCCGGCUCUGAACACAGAUAAACCCGUCAGCGUGUCCUCUCCUCGUCCCUUCGUCCGUCUGCCCUCCAUCUCCUUCAUCACCGCUCAGCCCUGGUCCUCCUCCUCAUCUCCUCCUCACCUCCCCCCGCCCUCCUCUUCACCUCCUCCUCACCUCCCCGUCUCCCACUCCUUCCGGCCCGUCUCCCCGUCUUCCCCCAUGAAGGCUCCUCUCAGGGGCCUGACGGAGACGCUGCUGCAGGACUUUGAGGAGAGACGAGUCAAAGUGAAGCUGGAGGAGAGCGUGUACGCAGGAAUUCAGCCGGUGGACGACGUGAAUAACGAGGUUGUUGAGUCGACUCGAGUUAUUCGACAUAAAAACCAACGUGCUCUGCGUUGGGAGGCGGGCGUCUUCUCGAACCAGGCGGAGCAGUGAGUCCUGGUCCAACAGAAUGGAUAUUAAACUGGAACACUCCAAACGGCUGCUGCUGAUUGGUUUCCUCUCCUCGUCCAAUCAGAUGCAGAGAUGUUUCUGAUUCAUAAAGAAAAUAUGGAGUUAAAGUGAGUUUGUUUGAUCGCGUGACGCAGCAAAACAGGAAGUUUCUGAUUGUUUUCAUUUUCAUUAAUCUGAUGCAGCGAAAAAUUACAAAGAGAAUAAAAAAUAUUUCUCAAACUGUCA